GUUCACCGGAACGCUCGCUGCUCAGAGAGGCAAGAUGGACGCGCUGAAUAAGCUGAAACAGUUUGACGCUUAUCCGAAAACUCUGGAGGACUUUAGGAUCAAAACGUGCGGCGGAGCCACGGUUACGAUCAUCAGUGGACUUAUUAUGCUGAUCCUGUUCUUCUCCGAGUUACAGUAUUAUCUUACCAAGGAGGUCCAUCCCGAACUGUUUGUAGACACUUCAAGAGGAGACAAGCUCAAGAUCAACAUCGAUGUUAUAUUUCCUCACAUGCCGUGCGCCUAUCUGAGCAUUGAUGCCAUGGACGUGGCUGGAGAGCAGCAGCUGGACGUCGAGCACAACCUGUUCAAGCAGAGGCUGGACAAAGACGGCAAACUGGUCAGCACUGAGCCAGAGAAACACGAUUUGGGAAAAGAGGAGGGAGAGAUAUUUGACCCCAGUAAGCUGGAUCCAGACCGCUGUGAGAGCUGCUACGGAGCGGAGACCGAGGAGUUAAAAUGCUGUAACACCUGCGAUGACGUGCGAGAGGCGUACCGGCGGCGCGGCUGGGCUUUUAAAACACCCGACACCAUCGAACAGUGCAAGAGAGAAGGUUUCAGCCAGAAGAUGCAGGAGCAGAAGAACGAGGGCUGCCGGGUGUACGGCUUCCUCGAGGUCAAUAAGGUGGCAGGUAACUUCCACUUUGCCCCCGGAAAAAGCUUUCAGCAGUCUCAUGUUCACGUGCAUGCUGUGGAAAUUCACGAUCUGCAGAGCUUUGGACUCGACAAUAUCAACAUGACCCAUCAGAUUAAACAUCUCUCGUUUGGGAAAGACUAUCCUGGAAUCGUGAAUCCUCUAGACGGCACUAACGUCGCAGCGCCUCAAGCGUCCAUGAUGUACCAGUACUUCGUGAAAAUUGUACCAACAAUUUACGUUAAAGGAGACGGGGAGGUGGUGAAAACGAACCAGUUCUCAGUGACCAGACAUGAGAAAGUGGCCAACGGGCUGAUUGGGGAUCAGGGUCUGCCUGGCGUCUUCGUACUUUAUGAGCUUUCUCCCAUGAUGGUCAAAUUCACAGAGAAACAGCGGUCAUUCACUCACUUUCUGACAGGAGUCUGCGCUAUUAUAGGUGGAGUUUUCACAGUUGCUGGACUCAUCGAUUCUUUAAUAUACCACUCAGCGAGAGCCAUACAGAAGAAGAUCGAGCUGGGAAAAGCGUCCUAGCACCUCUCAGUCUCCACCACGGACAAUUGCAGUGCAUUACAGUUUGCAGGAACCCCAGUCUGUUCUAACGGAAGAACCCAGCUGCGUGUGUGUUUGAGCGUGUGUGUGUGUGUGUGUGUGUGUGUGUGUGUGUGUGUGUGUGGCUCCUCGCUCCAGAUGCAGGCCGGUUCCUCAGCAGGGCUUCACUGGAACAACCAAACCGGCUGACUGGAUUUCACAGAGAACCGCAGGGUUAAAUGGUAACCGUACGGCACAAAUGAAGAAUCUGCUCGUUCCACUGUGGAACGAAGAACCUCUCCUGGAAAUCCCAGAGCUUCUCAGUGCAGGACUGGGUUGCACCAUUUUUGCGUAUGUUUGUACUUUAAAUUUCUGUGUUAAGUCUUUACUGAGUCCUCAGUUACACUGGUUGACUCUCCUUUUACUAAAUUUGGUUGUACCACAAAUCAUUGAAGGGGAAUUCCACCAGUUUUUUAAAAGUUUCUGAAUAAUUCAAUCACUGACUUUUAAAUAACGUCAUUCAGGUUUUUAAUGUCAGAUGCUUCGUUCUAGAGAAACUUAUAAACUCAGAUUUGGUGGUGCAGCCCAUUUUAAUUUUGUUCACACAAACCUGAACUUAGUAAACACGUCAUAAAUACACUCUUAGAAAAGUUGGUUCUUUAGUAAAGACAGUGGUUCUAUGUAAAACUAUGAACACUUGAAGAACCAUUUUCAUGCUUAAAUGGUUGAAUUGUUCUUCAGAUUGACGGAGAAUGUAUUGUAUAUGGUUCUAUAUAGAACUUUUUUGAAAAGGGGGUUCUAUAUAGAACAAAUAGGGUUCUGCUGUAGUUAUGUCAAACUUGUAACAAAAGAAGAACCCUUUUUGGUGCUGUAUAAAACUAUACACAACACAUUCUCCAUCAAUCUGAAGAACCAUUUCACCAUGCAAAGAACCAUCUAACCAUGCAGAUGGUUCUUUAAGUGCUCAUAGAUCUAUAUAGAGCCAUUGUCUUUACUAAAGAACCCUUGAAGAACCGUCUUUUUUGAGGGGAGCUUACAUUUGAACUUACGUACAAAUGGUGCAUCCGACCCCAGAUCCUCAAAGACAGUCCAUGUUUUUGUUCUGCCAGUUUACAGCACACUUUAAAGGGCCUGUAUCCUACAUUUUUAUAUUUUGAGAUCCACUUAUAACACUUUUGUAUGUUUAUGUACCAAAAAUAAUUAAUUUCUGCAGUUUUCCAGCUUCUCUUUAUCCUGGAGAAUUGAAUAGGCUGUGCCUUUAAGACUGACAUAUGUAAAUUAGCUCUGUUCUGAUUGGCGGCCCUCAUUCAGAAAGCACUCGGAGCUGAAACACUACUUAAAACUUUGAUAUGAGUGGCCGUGGCUAAACUGCCCUAGGCUGAAUAGGUGGACAUUAUGUAAAUGAGUUGGUUUUUGUGACAUCACAGAAACAGUGAAUUAAAAAACAGGCUGUUUUUACGGUUUAGUUUCCAUAUUUGGACUCUACAGACUGGGGAGUGACACAUUUAGAAAUUUUGUGUUUACAAGAUUUUUUAUGAUAUGGGCCCUUUAACGUGUUCUAGAUCAGGUGUGGAGAACAGUACUGUGCGCUUGCAGAGGGUUCUCCAGGGCUGGAUUGACAGCAUUGGUUUUAUUCAUGUUGUGUUGCCUGAUUACCUAAUCCGGGAUUAUUAUAAUUUUUUUACAGUAAUUGUGUAUUUUGUCAAAAAAUCAACGGUGGAACUUGAUAAGAGGUCGGUUCUGCUGUUAAUCACAGCGUUUAUGAGCUUGUUGGUAACUGAAUACAGACAGACAGUCGUGAGCAAAUGUAACGUUGAUUUUCUGAGCGUAAAUAAGUCACACAUCCUCUACAGAGACGCACUGCCGCACAUUUAAAUACACAAUUACUGUUUAUUUACUAAGUUUGAUACACUGGAAAAACAUAGAUCAUAAAAUGUGGCCUGUGCAAACAUUUAUAUUUAAUUUUUAAUUUUUAUCCAGUCUGUUAAAGCUGCACUAUAUAAGAUGAUUUAGCUAAAAUUGAAAGGAGUAUGAAAACUGAAUCAGGAGAAUAAAAAAAGGCUAAAAUAUAUUACAUAUGAGCUUACGCUGCGGCGGGUCUGUGGAGAGGAACUCGAAUUGAAAUGCAAACAUUACUGUUGAAAAUGUGAACUGCAGUGCACACAUGGCGUUACUGUUCCAUGGUGAGAUGCAGAACACGAGUCAAAACCUAGAACAAAACAUCUACUGCACUGUUUUCACUUCACUUUACCUCUUUACUGAAAAACAGUACAUGAGGAUUCACAUUUUAAAAAUGAAAAGCUGAAUUUGUGUUAGAAAUGAAUAAAGUGUGCCUUGAAAUGUAAAAACGACUAUGCUGCUUAAAACAAUGUUACUGGUUAAACACAACCUCAUGUUUUCACUGCAUUUCACUGUUUUUGCUGCAUUUCAAUGAGGGAAAUAUAUUUAAAGUGCAGAAAAGGGGUGAGAACAGUGUAGUGGGGGUUUUGCUUCACAUUUUGUCAGGUGUUCUGCACGUCGCCUGUGGAAAAGUAUGUUGUGUGCGUUUCACUGUUUUCAGUGCUAUGAUUGCAUCACUGAGGCACGUUCUGCUCAGUGUAAAGCAGCAUAGCUGAGAUUUUAUUACAUUUUAGGGUUGGUUGAAUUCCAUCCUGACAAAUUCAGCAUUUAAUUUUAAAAAUCCAAAUCCUGACGUGUUGUUUUUUUCAGUAAAGAGGUCAAACAACAUGAAAACAGUGUAAUAGAGGGCUUGUUUUUCAUUUUGGCUCUAUUCUGCAUCUCGAUGGAACAGUAAUGUCACGUGUGCAUUGCAUUUCACAUAUUCCUCUCCGUGCGAGUCGCCCUGUAAAGCCUGAAGUAAUCAUUUAAGGCGACGGGUCGGCAGUUUUUCACACCACGUCUUAUGUCUUAGCAUAUUAACGUCACACACAGACUCAAAAAGAAGGUCCGGCUCGAUGUUUAGAUCUUAAAUGAUCUCAAAAUCAACAUCAUACUGAUGAAGAUGUGAUACAGUAGUAGAUAAUUCACUCACAACCUCAGAGACGCUCCUUCACCAAGUUUGGACUGAGUUCUCUUUGAAUUCAUCUGCUUGGCGACGGGGGCCAAAGCACAACCCACACUACAUGCAGUUACACAUUUCCACCAGAGAGAUCUCCAAAUCCCGGAAUCUUGUUCUCUGUGGAGGAUGUUUUGAUGUGUUUUCACUUAGAAAGUCAACAAAACAGUCAUGUGACUGGGGCGUUCAAACUCACGACUGUACCACUCAAAAGUUUGGAGUCACUGUUUAUAUGAAUGUUCUGUCGUUUUAUAUACGGUGCAGAUUUAAAUACUUGGCUGACAACAAAAUGAAACAUGUUUAGAUGUUUUAGUCGAUACUUUGAGCAUUUUGGUACCAAAAAGUUAUUUGAGUCUGAACAACUUAAGGUAAUUGUUUAUUUAUAGGAUAUUUUUGUCCUGUUUUCUGCCUCAAGAUGUGUCCCUUUGGAAAUACAACGUAUUGAUUAACUUCAUGCAGUCAUUUUAGAUCAUACAGUUCCGAGCUGCGUGUCCUGCACAAAGACCAAUCUUAAAUGGUAGAGCGAGCAUCACUGUGAACACUCUCUCUCUGUCAGUAUGAUCUAAACACAUGUUUUUGGUUAAAACUGGACUGUUUUUCAUUCUAGACAAAUUCUUUGUUGAUUAGUGUUCAUUUCUACAGCUUCCUGCUGCUCAUUUGCUGUUAUAUAAUCUUGUGAAGUUACACAGGACUGACAUAUAAGAAUAACCAUAUACAUUUAUCUGCUUUUAUAUGAUCAAAAACAUGACGAACGGUGAUUCCUCACUUUUGAACAGUCUCAGACGUUAAAGCGAACUGUGUCUCAUCAAUAUUGGUCUGAACAGUGCAGGUGAAUCAAAAACAUGGUAUUAUUACUCAUUGUUGAUUCAGUUCAGUUAUACAGCAUGUUUGUUCACAUCUGGAGCUGAACGAUUUGGAGAAAAUGUCUGGUUUUUCUGACCAGUAUUGUGUUAAAAUGCGAAUAUUUUCCAUUAAUUUAACUCCUUUUUAUCAUUCCAUCAAGAAGUUCAGCAUGUUUUUUCAAGAUUUCAGGCUUGAAUGAUGAAUGUUAGACUGCCAGUUCAUGAAAUUCGAGGUAAUAUUUUGCCAAUUAAAGCUCGUUAAGAAGGUGCUGAAUGAUGUAAGGUGUAAUUAUAGUAGCAUCUAUUGCGAUUUGAAAAUUGCAGCUCCUUCAAAAUGGGAUUUUGAGCCAAAAGCGGUUAAACGUUCAGCCCAAAUCGGAUCCAUCCAGAGUGACAGAACAGAAAAGGUGCUGAUCCUGGAUUCAGAUUCACACCUGCUGGAUCUGCGCCAGCUGAAACUGUCUGAUCUGAGUGUUUCUCUGUAAUCGCACCUCCAGCUCUGAAUUCAGGGGCGAGUGUGUGUGAGUGUGUGUGAGUGUGUGUGAGUGUGUGUGUGUGUGUGUUGGGGUUAAUUUGGUGCGCGAGUGUGUUUUGUGCUGUUGUGGAUGGCCUCGUGUCUCGUGUUUGGGGGAGAGAUGUAUUUAUAUUUUGAUUGUCUCUGGCGGUUUUUAAAAUGAUAAAUAAACGUAACUGUACAGAUUCUCUCAUCUUUCA